ACCUCCUCAACGGACAAAAGAGGAAGGACGACGGCGAUCCCCUCCGACGUCGUUUCCACGGCCCGCGGAGGGAAGAAUCCAGAACCACGUCGGAUUCUAUAAAUGCCUCUCGGCGUCGCCCUCCGCAGUCGCAUAGGCAAGGCGAUCGAUAGCAAUUCUCAACUCGCUCCGAGUCGACUCUCCCUGCAUUCUCUCUGUGUCGUGCUUGAGUCGCGUGCGUCGGCGAAAUGGCGGAAGCGGAGACGUUCGCGUUCCAGGCGGAGAUAAACCAGCUCCUGAGCCUGAUCAUCAACACCUUCUACAGCAACAAGGAGAUCUUCCUCCGCGAGCUCAUCAGCAACUCCUCCGAUGCGUUGGAUAAGAUUAGAUACGAGAGCCUCACGGACAAGAGCAAGCUCGAUGCGCAGCCCGAGCUGUUCAUUAGGCUGGUGCCGGACAAGGCCAACAAGACCCUGGCGAUCAUUGACAGCGGCGUUGGCAUGACUAAAGCAGAUCUUGUGAACAACUUGGGUACGAUUGCGAGGUCGGGAACCAAAGAAUUCAUGGAGGCAUUGCAGGCUGGAGCUGAUGUGAGCAUGAUCGGUCAAUUUGGUGUUGGUUUCUACUCUGCCUACUUGGUGGCUGAGAAAGUCAUUGUGACUACUAAGCACAAUGAUGAUGAGCAGUACAUCUGGGAGUCCCAGGCCGGUGGUUCCUUCACCGUCACAAGAGAUGUGAGUGGGGAGCAACUCGGCAGAGGGACCAAGAUCACCCUCUUCCUUAAGGAGGACCAGCUGGAGUACCUGGAAGAAAGAAGGAUUAAGGACCUUGUGAAGAAGCACUCCGAGUUCAUUAGCUACCCCAUCUAUCUAAGGACUGAGAAGACUACUGAAAAAGAGAUCAGUGAUGAUGAGGACGAUGAGCCCAAGAAGGAAGAGGAAGGAGAUGUUGAGGAGGUGGAUGAGGAGGAGGAAGAAAAGAAGUCCAAGAAGAAGAAGAAGAAGAUUAAGGAGGUUUCUCAUGAGUGGCAGCUCAUCAACAAACAGAAACCCAUCUGGCUGCGAAAGCCAGAUGAGAUCACCAAGGAGGAGUAUGCUUCCUUCUACAAGAGCUUGACCAAUGAUUGGGAAGACCAUCUUGCCGUGAAGCACUUCUCUGUCGAGGGGCAGCUUGAAUUCAAGGCUAUUUUGUUCGUCCCAAAACGUGUUCCGUUCGACCUCUUCGAUACUCGCAAGAAGAUGAACAACAUCAAGCUCUAUGUUAGGAGGGUUUUCAUUAUGGACAACUGCGAGGAGCUCAUUCCAGAGUAUCUUGGAUUCGUGAAAGGAGUUGUUGAUUCUGAUGACUUGCCCCUCAACAUUUCUCGUGAGAUGCUGCAACAGAACAAGAUUCUGAAGGUCAUCAGGAAAAAUCUUGUCAAGAAGUGCAUUGAGAUGUUCAAUGAGAUUGCAGAGAACAAGGAGGACUACAACAAGUUCUAUGAGGCCUUCGCGAAGAACUUGAAAUUGGGUAUCCAUGAAGACAGCCAGAAUAGAGCUAAACUUGCAGACCUCCUCCGCUACCACUCGACAAAGAGUGGGAACGAAAUGACAAGUCUGAAGGAUUAUGUCUCGAGGAUGAAGGAGGGUCAGAAGGAUAUCUACUAUAUCACUGGUGAAAGCAAGAAGGCUGUAGAGAACUCUCCGUUCUUGGAGCGGCUCAAGAAAAAGGGCUAUGAGGUGCUUUUCAUGGUGGACGCAAUUGAUGAGUAUGCUGUAGGACAAUUGAAGGAGUACGAUGGAAAGAAGUUGGUCUCUGCAACCAAAGAGGGCCUGAAACUCGAUGAAGAAAGCGAGGAAGAGAAGAAGAAAAGGGAGGAGAAAAAGAAGUCCUUUGAGAACCUGUGCAAGACGAUGAAGGACAUUUUGGGAGACAAAGUUGAAAAAGUGGUGGUAUCGGACAGAAUUGUGGACUCUCCCUGCUGUUUGGUGACUGGAGAAUAUGGAUGGUCCGCAAAUAUGGAAAGGAUUAUGAAGGCUCAGGCUCUGAGGGACAACAGCAUGAGCUCUUACAUGUCAAGCAAGAAGACAAUGGAGAUCAACCCUGAUAAUGGCAUCAUGGAGGAGCUGAGAAAGAGAGCUGAGGCUGAUAAGAAUGACAAGUCCGUGAAGGACUUGGUGAUGUUGCUGUUUGAAACUGCUCUUUUAACAUCCGGGUUCAGUCUCGAUGACCCCAACACUUUUGCAGCGAGGAUUCACAGGAUGCUGAAGCUGGGUCUGAGCAUUGACGAGGAUGAGACUGCUGGUGAUGAUGUUGACAUGCCUGCCUUGGAAGAGGAUGGUGCUGAGGAGAGCAAGAUGGAGGAAGUGGACUAAGCUUCUGUGACAUCGAAGUGAACUCUUUUUUGUACUAGUGUCAUAGAAAGAAGAGGGUGUGUGAUAUGUUAAUGGAUAUAAUGGUUCUAAAUUGUUACUUCUAUUAUUGUAUCCAUAAGGCUUAUGAUCUGAAAAGAGUCCGAUGUUUUGUGCAGUGUUUGGUUUUGAACUUGCUUAAACAUUCACUGCGAUAGAAUUUCAGGGUAACAACUC